AUGGAGGUCAAUAGCGUAAAUGAGGGUCUGGUGGAGAGCCUGUUUGCUUUGGUGUUGGAGCAAUUCCAAGUUGAGCCGAAAACCGACCCCUUAAAGCUUGUUUUGGAGUUCAAGAGUAUUGCAGCUCAAAAUGCGUUAGAAGCUCAGAAUGUCAUGUUACAGAACCCUGAAGACGAUGUGAUUGGUCGAACCUUUGACAAUUGGGACUUGGAGACCAAGAUGUGGAACUUGGUGGAGCUUUUGUAUGGCUUCCGGGCGCAACAACAGAAGUCAUCGUCAUUGUAUGGCAAGAGUGACAAAGAACUGAAGAUCAAGGAAUUGGAAUUGAUUGUGAGUUGGAUACAAACAAACACUUCAAUUGUUGAAGAGGAUGAGGGUGAUGAUGAUGGCCAUGAUGUGUUCAAGACAGUCUAUAAAAUGAUCCUUGCUAACCAGCUCCAAGAUGCUAUUGACUUGGCAAACAACACAGGGAACUAUUCUUUGGCCCUUAUUUUGGUAGGUGCAGCCACAGAACAUAACGAUCCGUUUGACAACUCUUCAGGCGGUGUUAAACAUAAGAUAUUAUGGAAACAAACUGUAUACAAGUUGUCGCAACAAUCUACCAUUAACUACUAUGAGAAGUUGAUCUACAAUUACUUGUGUGGAGGAGACAUAACUGAAAACUUGAAGGAAUCCUCAAAUGAUUGGGAGAAAAGUCUUUUGCUAUACACCAACCAAUUAUUUGUAAGUAAAUAUGGUGAUCUAUUAGAAGCCAGUGAUCCGGAAGAAAGAAAGCAAAGCCAAUCUAUUUCUUAUGAGAUCCCAUUACCUCAGAUAUCUUCUAUAGAGAAGGCCUUAACGGUGUUACUGAAAUCAAAUAACCCUGUUUCAGAAUUAUCCACUCAUCCUAUUAGGAUCAUUGAAGGUACGUUAAUCAUCAACAAGGUGGGGACCUUCCUAAGUAAUGUUCUAAGUGAUUAUCACGAUGAGCUUGUCACCAAAUCGUUCCUUUUAAGAAUAGUGGUUCAUCUUGCUAUAAUAGACUUGCUAUUAGCGGAGGAACCUGACCAUCAAGUGAUUACAGAACUUAUCAAGCUUUACAUUAGUCAAUUGACCAAAGAAAACCAUCCUGAAUUGGUCCCCAUUUAUCUUUCGUACAUUCCCAAUGAAGCAGACUCUAGAGAAUUGUAUUCGAUGUUCUUAUCUUCCAUUACCGAUCCUGAACAAAGAUCCAGGCAAGUCCAGAUCGCCAGGAAGUUUGCUAACUUUGAGCUUGGACUGACAGAAGAAUACUCAAACAGUGACAAAUUGGUGAACACCUUGAGAAGAACAGUGGAAAGAGUACUUGAAGAAACAAGCAACCACUAUCAACCUGACGAAGAUAUCGUCUUGAUUCGAGAUCAUGAACUGGAUGUUGAUGCUAUCGACUACAAGAUGUAUCGUACCGUGGAUUGGUUCUACGAGAACUCCAUGCACGAAGAUGCUGUGAUUGCAACAAUAGUGGUCUUGAAACGGUUCCUUCUCAAGGGUAAGUUUGCUGCUAUUAAGAAGUUUUGUCAAGAUAAAGACUUGACUCGCUUACGCAGAGACUUUGAUGCCGAGAACCAAGUGAAAUCUCUUGCUGGAGAAGCUACAGAACAAACUUUGGUAGACACUUACCAUUUGGAGUUGAAGGAGUUCAAUGAUUUGGUCAAUGGUCUACGACUCAUAGAUGAUUGGAAGAGAAGCAUUAAUGAAACCUCUCAAUCAUGGAAACUGCCUUCUAUGGAUUUAUCUAUUGAAAAAGUUAGCAAUACUGUUUUGACAUUAAUCAACAGUUGGUUAUUGGAUUUAAUCAAUGAGGGUUCUUCUACAGAUUUGUACCAUGAACUUCGAAGCAUUGUGAUACCUUUUCUUUGUUUGGAAUUAAUAACCAUCUAUGAACAUUCUAGAUUGAGUGAUUGGAAAUACAUUUACAAGGCAUUAAGAUUGAUAAAUGCCAUUGCAGAUGAUACCAAAAAUGAUUUGAUGGAAUGUUUCAGAGUCAGUGGGAAAUUGAAUGAAUUGUUGAAUAGAAUAGGACAGCUUUCUGUGGUUGCCAUUGAACGGGGAACUGAUGGUUUAUAUUAA